UGAUGAGCUGGACUCACACAUGCACACCCCACUUCUUUUUUCCGGGCCAACUCCCCCUCUGAUCUCACUUCCUCCUGCGGGCGGGACUUUGAGAACCCGGAUAGAAAAGGGAGGCGGGCUUGGCGGCAGAAGCUCUGUAAUAUCUGGGCGUUUGAAGCUUCAUCAUGGCCAGCAGCUACCCUAAAUUGGAGGAGAAGAGUCUCCAGGCCCUACAAGACGCAGCCAACCGCCUUCGGAUCCACUCCAUUCGCGCUACUUGCGCCUCAAACUCUGGCCACCCCACAUCAUGCUGCAGUGCAGCAGAGAUAAUGUCUGUGCUGUUCUUUCACACCAUGCGCUAUAAACCAAGUGAGCCGGGCCAUCCCAGCAGUGACCGCUUUGUGCUUUCCAAGGGACAUGCUGCUCCUGUGCUCUAUGCUGCAUGGGCUGAGGCUGGCUACAUCAAGGAGUCAGAGCUGCUGAAAUUGAGGCGAAUUGACAGUGACCUGGAAGGCCACCCAACCCCAAGGCUGCCUUUUGUGGAUGUCGCCACUGGUUCAUUGGGACAGGGCCUGGGAGCUGCCUGCGGAAUGGCCUACACAGGCAAAUACUUUGAUAAGGCUAGUUACCGAGUGUACUGCCUGCUGGGGGAUGGAGAGUCCUCGGAGGGAUCUGUGUGGGAAGCCCUGCAAUUUGGAUCCCACUAUCAAUUGGACAACCUGGUAGCCAUCUUUGAUGUCAACAGGCUGGGUCAAAGUGAAGCAGCCCCGCUGUGCCACGACACUGAUGUCUACCGCAAGCGUUGUGAAGCCUUUGGGUGGAAUACCUAUGUUGUGGAUGGACAUGAUGUGGAGGAACUGUGUCGAGCCUUGUGGCAAGCAAGUCAGCUGAAGGGGAAGCCCACAGCUAUUGUGGCCAAGACUUUCAAAGGGCGAGGAAUCCCAGAUGUGGAGAAUGCUGACAAUUGGCAUGGAAAACCCAUGCCAAAGGACAAAGUGGAGUCCAUCAUCAACACUAUUCAGAGCCAAAUCCAGACUAAUAAGGUCUUGUCUACCCAACCGCCUGCUCAGGAUGUGCCACAGAUCAGCAUUGUGGAUAUCAAGAUGCCUUCUCCGCCCGCCUACAAAAUUGGGGAUAAGAUGGCCACUCGCAAAGCCUAUGGUUUAGCUCUGGCAAAGCUGGGAAAUACAAACAGCCAGGUAGUAGUCUUGGAUGGCGACACUAAGAACUCUACUUUUGCUGAGAUUUUCAAGCAAGCCCAUCCUGAACGCUUUAUAGAGUGUUACAUUGCUGAGCAGAACAUGGUCAGUGUGGCUCUGGGCUGUGCUGCUAGGAACCGCACCAUUGCAUUUGCCAGCACCUUUGCAGCCUUUUUCUCCCGGGCAUUUGACCAUAUCCGGAUGGGUGCCAUCUCGCAGUCAAACAUCAACCUUUGUGGCUCCCACUGUGGGGUUUCUAUUGGUGAGGAUGGACCCUCUCAGAUGGCCCUGGAAGACAUUGCCAUGUUCAGAACCAUUCCAGGCUGCACUGUGUUCUAUCCAAGUGAUGCGGUCGCCACUGAACAUGCUGUCUGUCUGGCAGCAAACACCAAGGGGAUAUGCUUCAUUCGAACCAGCCGUCCAGAGACUCCCGUCCUGUACUCUCAGGAAGAAAAGUUUGCAAUUGGCCAUGCCAAGAUUGUGCGUAAGAGUGAUGAUGACAAGGUUACAGUUAUUGGAGCAGGCGUCACGCUCCAUGAGGCCCUUGCAGCUGCUGAUGAGCUGGCCAAACAAGGAAUCCAUAUCCGGGUAAUUGAUCCCUUUACAAUCAAACCCUUGGAUGCUGACACUAUCAUCUCAAGUGCCAGAGCCACUGGGGGCCGCAUCAUCACCGUUGAAGAUCACUACAAAGAGGGAGGUAUUGGUGAAGCUGUGGCAGCAGUGGUCUCAAGAGAACCUGGUAUCUUAGUUCAGAGCCUGGCUGUGUCAAACGUGCCCCGGAGUGGAAAACCAUCUGGGCUUCUAGACAUGUUUGGGAUCAGUGCAAAGAGCAUCGUAACAGCUGUGAAGAGUACCUUUGCCAAUUGAUAACUUGUUUGGUUUGGGGUUCAUGGGAGGGGCCACCGAACUAUGAAAAAUGGUUUUCUGAAGAGCAGAGGUGGAAACUGCUUGGUUUUCUGGUAGCAGAACUUGUAAAGUACUCUUUGUGACUCCCAAACACCAUUUUCAGUUCUGACAAAUGCUGCUAACGUUCCCUCAUUUGCAUUCUGUGUGCAAAUGAAGCUUUAACAACUGUCCAAGUUACCAUUCUUUUGUUUCCCCAUCUCCAUCACUAAGCCUUUCUGCUCAUUUUUAAACUACUUGCAUAUUAACUGAGCCUGAAAACCACCUGGCAACUGUAUGUGGACCAAAUGGUGCUUUUCUUACCUGAACCUGUAGGCACCUAUUCCUGUGCGUGCCUCCUACCCUACUUGGCUUUCCUCUCUCAGGCCUGACAUUCCAAGGCCAUGUUGGGUAGACUUUCACUGCGGUUUUUCCUACCAGAAGGUAUUGACAUAUGAUUAGUUUUUGCCUGUAGAAAUGCAACUGGCUCUUGUAGAAAUAUUGUGACCUAAUGCUCUUGUCAUAUUAAUACUGUUGUCUUAGUCAAAACAGAAUGUGACCAAGAUAGUUCUUUCUGAAUUAUGCUUACUGCAACUGCUGCUAACAAAACAGUGUUCAGCAAAUCAAUAAACAAGUUCUCAACCGUUA